AGGUUGGCGUCCAUCACAGUGCGUCCAGCAGCGCGACGUUACGCCGUGGCGUCAUAUCCUCUUCAGCGCUUCGUUUGAAGUAGAUGGAAGGGCUCGGUCGGAAUCAGUAACUGCAGAGAUGUCUGUGAACCUGACUCCAGAACAGCAGCGGAGGAUUGAAAAUAACAGACAGCGAGCUCUGGCUAGAAGAGCCGAGAGACAGGCUCUGCUGAUACCCGGAUCUGCCCAAAGCGAGCACACACAUCCGGGUACCACAGGAGGCCCUGCAAAGAGCAGCCACCUGUUUGCACCUGGGCAUCUGGUACAUCCAGGGGCCCCUGGUCAAGGUGCAACACAGACUCAGCUCAUAGACACCAAAGGAUCCUGUACAAAGACAGCGGCUUCUGCAACUCAUAGCUUUUAUGGACAGUCGAGCAAACCGACCACAGGAGAAAAGCGACCAUCUAAACUCCCUGAGGCAGUAGGAAGUGUCCCUGCAAAGAAGCCAGCAGUGUCUGUGAAAGGGAAAUGCAUGUCACACUCAGAAAAUCGUUUCCGAGUGGAGGUCGGCUACUAUGCGGACCUCAUCACUGUAUUCAAAAGCAUUCCCUCUAAGAACUAUGAUCCUGCUACAAGGAUGUGGAACUUCAGCCUUGAGGACUACCUGAUGCUGAUGGAGCAGGCAGCGAGUUUACCCUCCGUCUCUCUCAAACCGCUGGAUGGGAUGGAAGGGCUGAAUUUUUCAGCGUCCACCAGUCGACCCAAAGAUGCAGCAGCUCUGGCAGCUCUGAUGAGGUUCUGUCAGGGUUGGCAGAAACCAGGUGCCAUGGUAAAGGGGAAGUGCGUUUUAGUGUCUCGCUGUCGGGUGGAGGUGGAUAUUGGAUACCAGGCCGAUGUUAUUGCAACCUUCAAGAAAAUGCCAUCCAAAAAUUAUGACAUGAAGACCAGAAAGUGGAAUUUCCUUCUUGAGGACUACGGGAAGCUCAUGGUGGAACUGAGUGAGCUGCCUACGGUGGAGAUCGAGCCUUUACCUCCCGCUGUGCUGCAGUCCUUCUCCUCUCAGUUUGAGAAGAGUGAGUCCAGAGCUCCAGUCCCUCCUGAGGCCGAUCUCUCACACGUGGAUCCGCAGGUCACACGCAGCCUCAUGCCCUUCCAGAGAGACGGGGUCAAUUUUGCAGUGUCCAGAGAGGGCCGUUUGCUCCUGGCUGAUGAUAUGGGUCUGGGAAAGACAGUCCAGGCCAUCUGCAUCGCUGCCUACUACAGGAGUGAGUGGCCUCUGCUGGUGGUCGCUCCGUCCUCAGUGCGCUUCACAUGGGCCGAGGCUUUCCGCCGAUGGCUGCCAUCUGUCAGAGCCGACAGCAUUAAUGUGGUGGUUACAGGCAAGGACAACCUUCGCUCCGGCCUCAUCAACAUCAUCAGCUAUGACCUGCUCAACAGGAUGGACAAACAGCAGCCAUCCAGCCCUUUCAGUGUCAUCAUUAUGGACGAGUCUCACUUCCUGAAGAACAUGAAAACAGCCCGCUGUCGGGCGGCUCUUCCUCUGCUGAAGACGGCUAAGAGAGUGAUCCUGCUGUCAGGAACGCCUGCCAUGUCCAGAACUGCUGAGCUCUACACUCAGAUCCUGGCUGUGAGGCCUUCCCUGUUUCCACGCUUCCAUGACUUCGGCACACGCUACUGUGAUGCCAAACAGCUGCCGUGGGGCUGGGAUUACUCCGGCUCGUCUCAUCUGAGUGAACUGAAACUGCUGCUGGAGGAGUCUCUGAUGCUCCGCCGCCUCAAAUCAGAGGUGCUCUCGCAGCUUCCCGCCAAACAGCGUAAGGUGGUUACCGUGACGACUGACGGCAUCAACUCCCGCACCAAAGCUGCUCUCAGCGCCGCUGCCAAAGAGCUCGCCAGAGGAUACCACAACAAGUCACAAGAGAAGGAAGCUCUCCUGGUUUUCUUCAACCACACAGCAGAGGCCAAGAUCAGAGCCAUCGUGGAGUACAUCUCAGACAUGCUGGAGUGCGGACGAGAGAAGUUUCUGGUGUUUGCUCAUCACAAGCUGGUGCUGGACAGUAUAACCAAAGAGCUCGCUGAGAAGGGAAUCAGUUACAUUCGUAUCGACGGCUCGACGGCGUCCGCGGAGCGUCAGCAGCUGUGUGACAGAUUCCAGUCGUCACAGAAGAGCUGCGUGGCUGUUCUGUCCGUCACCGCCGCAAACAUGGGGCUCACGCUGCACUCGGCCGACCUCGUGGUGUUCGCCGAGCUCUUCUGGAACCCCGGAGUCCUGAUUCAAGCGGAGGACCGGGUGCACAGGAUCGGACAGACCAGUAAUGUGGACAUUCAUUACCUGGUGGCUAAAGGCACAGCGGACGAUUACCUCUGGCCCAUGAUACAGGAGAAGAUGAAUGUUUUGGAGCAGGUCGGUUUGUCUGAAUCCAACAUUUCAGAGAAGGCAGAAUCUGCCACCUUUCACAGCAAUGAUCCUCAUCAGCUGACCAUCACUGAGAUGUUCCAGAGGUCCUUUGAUGAGGAGGAGAUGCUUGCUUUAGUUGAUCAAGAUCAAUGAUUGUACAGAUUUCAUACAUUUUCCUGAUCCCCUGAAAUACAGAAGACAAACUUCUCAUCACAUUUACCUCACAAGUAAAAGUUGAAAUGAAGUUUAUUUAUCAUUCCAGAAUAAGAUUACUGACUUUGUGUGAUUAAUGUUAAUCGUGUGUUUGACAUGAAUUUGUCUAACAGAUUACUCAAUCUUGAGACAUGGGAAAAAAAA